CGGCGAGGUUGGAGCGCUCUCAGGGUCCCAGGGCUGCCGGGGUUAGGAGCCCCAGGCCCGGGCCAUGUGGGAGACUCCCGAUGCUGAGGCGUUCGCUGCGGCCCUCCGCGGCUCUCUCUUCCUGCUGCUCUUCGCGCUGGGGGUCCGCCAGCUGCUAAAGCAGAGGCGGCCGUCUGGCUUCCCCCCAGGACCUUCGGGGCUGCCAUUUAUCGGCAACAUCUACUCGCUGGCCGCCUCAGCUGAGCUCCCUCAUGUCUACAUGAAAAAGCAGAGCCAGGUGUACGGCGAGAUCUUCAGUCUACACCUUGGAGGUAUAUCAACUGUGGUUCUAAAUGGCUAUGAUGUAGUAAAGGAAUGCCUUGUUCAUCAAAGUGAAAUUUUUGCAGACAGACCAUGCCUUCCUUUAUUCAUGAAGAUGACAAAAAUGGGAGGCUUACUCAAUUCCAGAUAUGGCCGAGGAUGGGUUGAUCACAGAAGAUUAGCUGUAAACAGCUUUCGCUGUUUUGGAUAUGGCCAAAAGUCUUUUGAAUCUAAAAUCUUAGAAGAAACCAAGUUUUUCACUGAUGCUAUUGAAACGUACAGUGGUAGACCUUUUGACUUUAAACAAUUAAUAACAAAUGCUGUUUCAAACAUAACCAAUCUGAUCAUUUUUGGAGAACGAUUCACUUAUGAAGACACUGAUUUUCAGCACAUGAUUGAGUUAUUUAGUGAAAAUGUGGAACUAGCUGCCAGCGCCUCAGUCUUCCUCUAUAAUGCCUUUCCAUGGAUUGGCAUCCUACCUUUUGGAAAACAUCAACAGCUGUUUAGAAAUGCAGAUGUGAUUUAUGAUUUUCUCUCCAGGCUUAUUGAAAAAGCCUCCAUCAACAGAAAGCCUCGGUUACCUCAGCACUUUGUUGAUGCUUAUUUAGAUGAGAUGGAUCAAGGUAAAAAUGAUCCAUCAUCUACUUUCUCCAAAGAAAACCUAAUUUUUUCUAUGGGUGAACUCAUCAUUGCUGGAACUGAAACUACAACCAAUGUGCUACGGUGGGCAGUUCUUUUCAUGGCCCUUUAUCCUAACAUUCAAGGACGAGUUCAGAAAGAGAUUGAUUUAAUUAUAGGACCCAGUGGAAAGCCUUCCUGGGAUGACAAGUGCAAAAUGCCUUAUACGGAGGCAGUUUUGCAUGAAGUUUUAAGAUUCUGUAAUAUAGUGCCAUUAGGGAUUUUCCACGCAACUUCUGAAGAUGCAGUUGUACGUGGUUAUUCUAUUCCUAAAGGCACAACAGUAAUUACAAAUCUUUAUUCUGUACACUUUGAUGAAAAGUACUGGAGAGACCCAGAUAUAUUCUAUCCGGAACGAUUCCUGGACAGCAAUGGACAUUUUGUCAGGAAGGAAGCUUUGGUUCCCUUUUCCCUUGGGAGAAGACAUUGUCUUGGAGAACAGCUGGCUCGGAUAGAAAUGUUCCUGUUUUUUACAGUAUUUCUUCAGCGGUUUCGCUUGCAUUUUCCACAUGAACUGGUUCCAAAUCUGAAGCCUCGGUUAGGCAUGACGUUGCAACCCCAGCCCUACCUUAUCUGUGCAGAAAAACGCUGAAGGUGCGCAGGUGUUUUGUGUAACAAAGCUAUAUGUUUGCCUCACCCCAAACCUUGUUGAAUCAGUGUGCGUGUUUGGACAAGAAUCACAGUAUCAUAAAGCCAAAUGAACACAGAUGUGUCUUUAAAAACAAUACUACCAAAACACAGACACAGACACACAAAAAUACUACAGGCAGCAGUAAGCAUUAGCUAUUAUUUCUUCUAACCUUUAAUGACUUAUAAGGCAGAAUUUUCUGAGGAAAACAGGUGUAUAUGACAAUUAUUUCUUAAGAUACUAAGAAGUGUCAUGGAUGCCCUGACUUUUCAGCCUCUUACUGAGUACCAGGAACCCCUCAUCCCUUCUUGACUCCAACUUGCUCCUUUCUGAGGGCUUUGUUUCCAGAUGCCAACGCCAGCUCCCUUCUGAUCAGGUAUUAUCACUGAAUAGAUUGUGUGGUACUAGUCCAGUUUAAUAGUGGAGUAAAGAAGAAAUUAGAACCCAAGUAGAUGAAUUUGGACUACAGAGGUGUUUUAGACAUGAUGGCAGAUAAUAGAAUAAAUAUCUAUACAUGUAAUGUAAGACCUGCCAAUGCUUUCAAAUCUUGCUUCUUACUAUAUCGUCAUAAGAACUGAGUCAUUCUUCCUACAAAUGAGGGUCUCUGUGACCCCUCAUACCAGCAAUUCAGUAGACAGGAAAUUACAAUAAUGUAUGUAAAAUAAAAAUGACACAUGGCUAAUAA